AUGUCUGACGGGUACAUUUACCAGCCUACGGAUAUCGUCUUGGCGAAAGUGAAGGGCUACCCAGCGUGGCCCGCCAUGAUUAUACCGACGGAAUUGAUCCCGCCGAACGUGCUGAAGACCAAUUCGCAUCUGAAGAGCAGCGAUUCUGAGGAUUCAGAUUCCGAUGAGUCUAUAAAAUACUCGAAGCUGCUGAAGUUCAAGAAGUUCAAGACGUCGCAGGAUGCGUACUGCGUGAAGUUUUUGAAGGAUGACUCGUACCGCUGGGCUAAAGCACACGAACUGCAGCUACUGACCACUGAAGAUUGCGAGGAGUGGCUGAAGAAGAACAAGAGCAAGCAGAAACGACUGACGCCUGCGUACAGAAUGGCAAUUGCCGGAUUGAGUGGCGACGCGAAGACGCCUGGCAUUGACGUGUGGGAAUUUGUGGAGUAUGGCUCCAAUGGGAAGGACGACGAUGAGGAGUACGUGGAGGAUGAAGAAGAGGAGAAGAAACACACCAGAAGUAGCAGGAGAGUAAAAGAACGAGCAGCUUCUGCGGAGACAACGCAGAAGAGGAGCACUCGAAAGUCCGCCAGACAACGGGCCCUGCAAGAGACUGAGCAGGAGCGACACUCGGAGACUGAAGAUCUUGCCAGAGCCCGGAGGAAGAGGAAGAGGAGUACGAGAACGUCAAAGACCGCUGUAGAGGCCGAACCGCAACCGAAGAAGACGAAGGUGAAAUCUGCAAAGACAAGGGCCGAGCCCAAACCCAAGGUUGAGAAGUACAAUUACGAGGACGACGAGGAUUGGUCAAUUGUGGGGCGUGGUCCCCAAAAUUACACCAUUGACAGACAUAUUAGUCCUCUGGUUCACAAACUAUCACAAAAGAAAAAUCAGGACGCGCAUGCUGAAACAAGAUUGGACCUUACUGACAAAUUAUCUUCCAUCAACAAACUAAUGUCUGGCCUGCUGGUAAAGGACACUUUUGAAAAGGAGGAUUACGAAGUAAUACUGGACGAACUAGACAUCUUAUUAGGUGUGAAGGGAGCGAAGAACGAGUUCAUAACCGUUUUUAGAAAUAAUGCGGAACUCUUGGUAAACUUUAGAAUUCUGUUCAAUUUGAAACAAGGAGGGCUAGAAGAUUGCAGCUUAUGGGAAGCGUUCCAAGAUACAUUCCAAUCCAUCUACGAUUUCAAAUACCAACCCGACACAGAACCGUGGUCCAAGGAGACAGAUAUUCAAAUAAAACAGGAAGAAGAAGCAAAUGGCGAACACGAACAACCCAAUCCUGUAAAAGAAGAGACUGAAGGUAACAUCGAUAAGAGUAAUGGAGGUCAAGACAAUAAUGCACAGACUGAACUGGAAGCAAAUGAACAGUGA